UGGGCACCUCAUGGCACUGCUGUAGACAAUCCCCUGAGGGCUUUUCCGGGGCGGGGUUCCCUCCUUCUGAUGGACCCUCAGGUACCCGUAUGCUCAACCAGAACCAGAGCUCCCGGUGAGAACCCAGAGCCACGGCCACGGCUGUGCUCCCCAGGAUGAAGGCGCCCACUGCUGCCCUGCUGGCCCUGCUGCUGCUGGCCCUGGAGCCAGGGAGGGGGCAGGCUCAGCUGGAGGCGGUGGAGGAGGAGGAGAACACAGGCGUGGAGGGCUACAAGGACGAGGACUAUGACGAUGAUGAGGAGGAGGAUGAAGAAGAGGAGACCAACCUGGCCCCUGGCGAUACCGGAGGCAGAGCCCAGUUACAGUGCUACUCCUGUGAGACCCUGUACCCCGGCGAGAGCUGCGACCAGCUGCAGAACUGCGCUCCCAGCCAGCCCUUCUGCAAGACCAUGGUCUCUCACAGCGAAACCGUUUCCGGGUACCUGACUACCUUCUCCACGUGGUGCACGGACGCCUGUGAGCCUUUCACCAGGACCGUGGAGGGGACGCGGCUGACCGUGUUCUGCUGCCAGGCCAGUCUGUGCAACCAGCCGCCCUGGCAGAGUCCUGGAGCACAGGCACCGCCGGGCAGCGUGGCCCGUGGCCCCCCAGGCCCAGCCCGGGGCAGCCUGCCAGGGAGCAGGGCUGUGGGCUCAGGAGGCAGCCCCCUAGCUGUGGGCGCAGCCCUCUUGCUCAGCCUUCUGGCCCCCUGGCCUGCCUUGGAACUCUGAAAGCAAAACCGUGCCCCAUC